AUGGGUAUUUCAAGAGAUAGCAGACACAAAAGAAGACUCACAGGUGGUCGUAUGCCAAUUCAUAAGAAGAAGAGAGCUUUCGAGAAAGGAAGACAAGCUGCUAUGACUAAAUUAGUAUCUGGCGAAAAGAGAGUUAGAAGAUUGAGAGUCCGAGGAGGAAACUUUAAAUUCAGAGCUCUUCGUUUAUCAGAUGGAAAUUUCUCUUGGGCUAGCGAAGGUGUUGCAAAAAAAGCAAAGAUUGUCGAAGUUGUUUAUCAUCCAUCAAAUAAUGAAUUAGUCAGAACCAAAACACUCACCAGAGGUGUCAUUGUGUAAGUAGAUGCUACACCAUUCAAAUAAUUUUAUUUAAAAAAAUACAACAUCGAUUUGGGAGCCAAAAAGACUCAAAAGAAGGACUAACCAGCACCUUAAGAAGUCAAGAAAUCAAACUCAUUAAAAAAGAAACUAGAAGCCAGAUUGAAGGAUAGAGUUAUUGAUAAUUUAGUUGCUGAAUAAUUCUAAAAUCAAAGACUUCUAGUCAGAAUCACAUCAAGACCGGGACAAUCUGGCAGAGCCGACGGUUACAUUCUUGAAGGAAAGGAACUUGAAUUUUAUGUUAAGAAGGUCGAAUAAAAGAAAAAAUGAGUUUUUCUCUAUUCAUAGUACAUUAGUAAUAGAUUUAUCAAGUAAUAUUAA